AUGGUUUCAGUACUUGAGAAUAUUGAUACCGUUAAUGCUGAUGAUUCUGAUGCACCAAUUGAAGUAACAACGAGAACAUCAAAGGUUGACAAGAAAAAGAAGAAAAAGAAAGCUAAGCGUCGCAUUCAAUAUACACUUGCGAUGGGAGAAGACAAUGAUCCAAAUGAUAAACGUUUAGAUGAAGAAUCUGCUCUUACACAUUUAGUUUUUGGUGAUGAUGAUGAUUAUCUUGAUGAAUUAACAUCAAAAUCUACAACAGAUAAACAAACUUCUACAAUUAAAACAACAAAAGCAACAGUCGAAUCGAAAAAACCAGCAUGGGUCGAUAGUGAAGAAGUAACUGAAGAAAUUGUUCGUGAACCAAAUUUCAAUCAAAUAUGUCCGCGAAAACGUAGAAAAAUCACCACAGGAGAAUAUGAAACAAAACUUAAAUUCGAAUAUGAACGUGUUAUGGGCCGACCUUCAUGGGCAGAAAAAUUAUUAAACAAAAAAGCAGAUGCAGAUGAUAGUGAUGAAGAAUUAUUUCGCCGUACGGGAAAUUAUCUAACAAAAUCAACUGUAUUACGAGCUGGAACAAUUGAUUGUUUACGUUGUGCUGAUUUUAAACAUGAUGUAGCUCAUUCUAAACUUUUAAGAUCAGUCGAAUUUCAUCCAACAGCUCGAAUACUUCUUACAGCUGGGCGAAGUCAGUAUUUAAAUUUAUAUGAAGUUGAUGGAAAGAAAAAUGAACGUAUUCAAUCACUUUUUUUUGAUCGAUUUUCAAUUGAUACAACACAUUUUAGUCAAGAUGGUAAUCAAGUGAUUGUUACCGGUGAUCGAAAUUUUUUUAAAGUUUAUGAUAUGAUCGAAGGAAAAAUUAUGCAAAUACCCAUGAUGAGAGGAUUUGAAGAGCGUUUGGGAAAAUUUGAAUUAAGUCCUGAUGGAUCUUUAAUUGUAUUUAUUAAUCGAAAUGGUCAAUUACAUUUUGUGUCUGCAAAAUCAAAAGAAUUAAUCGAUAGUACUCAACUAUCAGGAAAUAUUAAUAGUGUAACAUUUCGACAUGACAGUGAACUAAUGUUUGCCUCCGGAGAUGAAGGCAUUGUCACAGUUUUUGAUAUGCGCCGACGAGCAGCUAUCCAUCGUUUUGUUGAUGAUGGUAGUUAUUCAACAACGAGUAUGUGUGUUUCACCGAAUCAACAAUAUUUUGUUACCGGUCAAAAGAGUGGCAUUGUUAAUGUUUAUUCGUAUAAUGACAUAUUUAAAAAUGGUGAACCGAAACCGAUAAAAUAUUUGAAAAAUUUAACAACACCAAUACAAAAUGUUAAGCUAAAUUGUAGCUCAGAAUUAUUAGCUAUCAAUUCAUAUCAUUUACCAAGAGCUGUUCGAUUGGUUCAUAUGCCUACAUUAACUGUAUAUGAAAAUUUUCCAGAAUUUCAUGAUAAAAAAAUUCAAAUUGUUAAUGCAUUGAAUUUUUCACCAAACAGUGGUUUUCUAACAUUAGGCAACAAUAAUGGCAAAGUGCUUUUGUAUCGACUUAAGCAUUAUAGUACUUAUUAA